UCUGAGGUCGUGGGGCUGCCGAUGGGGUGUGGGUCAGAGCCUAGUAUUGGGGUCCCGUUCCUAAGUCUGGAGCUGUAGCCACGCCCCCUCAUCUGGGCUCCCUGGGAGCACCGGGCAGACCUAGGCCUGGGGCCGGACCCGGGGUUAGAAAACCGAAGGGAGUCCCAGCACAUGGGAAUCGGUGGUACCGCAGGACGCUGGACCCUAGGAACUGUCAGGGUCUAGGGCGGGGCCUGAUCCCAGUGGGAGAAUUAGCUCUUCUCCCGAGAAGAGCCGGAAUGGUCUUGCCAAAGGGUGACCCCAGAGGCCUGUGGCCACAGGCAGCGGGCGUGACUGGGGUGCAGCAGGCCUCGGGCCCCCUCGCACUUAUCUGUGGCCACGCCUGGCUUUGUCUUUGCCUGCGACAGCCCGUCUUUCUGUGCCCUUUGCACCUUUCUUCCGUGGACCAGCAGGGAAACCGAGGCCUCUGGCUGUGUGUUGCUCUGACACGUGGAUGGGGACCCGGUCGAGAUCUGCUCCAGUGAAUUCUUUCCCUUCAUGUCUGGCUCUGCCAGGGCCAAGACCUUGAAGCUCGCCCAGCAGGCAGCCCGCAUCCCUCCUGGGGGCGGGGGGCUGGCAGCCCGGCGCCCCCAACCUCAGCCCCAGCGCUGAGAUGCUGCGGCAGCGGUCAGCGCAGCCCGGCCAGGGCUCCGGGGAGCCAGACGCUGAGCCGGGGGAGGAGGAGCUGUGGGAGCAGGAGAUGGAACGCCUGCGGGCCUCCGAGGGGCACGUGCGGGAGCUGCCCUACGCCAUGGUGGACAGGCGCUUGGUCCGGCAGCUGCGGGAGCCCCAGGGGGUGAAGACCUCUUGCUGGCAGCGAUGGCGGCGCAGGCGGCAGGCUGCGGCCAGGCGCCUGGGGGAGGCAGCGCGGCGGCUGGCCCGGGGCUGUGGGCUCUGGGAAGGCGCUCUCUACGAGAUCGGGGGCCUCUUCGGCACCGGGAUCCAGUCCUACUUCACCUUCCUUCGCUUCCUGCUGCUGCUCAACUUGCUGACCCUGCUGCUGACCACCGGCUUGGUGCUGCUGCCCCUGGUCUGGCUCCGCCCCCCUGACGCAGGCCCCUCCCUUAACCUCACCCUCCAGUGCCCUGGUGGCCUCCAGCCGCAGACUGGUGUUCCCAGAUUCCACAACCAACUUUGGAAUGUUUUAACCGGCAGGGCUUUCAACACCACCUACCUCUUUUACGGCGCAUACCGGGCAAGCCCGGAAAGCAGCUCAGCCUACAGCAUCCGCCUGGCCUACCUCCUGAGCCCGCUGGCCUGCCUGCUCCUCUGCUUCUGUGGGACUCUGCGGCGGAUGGUGAAGGAGCUGCCGCAGAGGCUAUUUCUGGGCCAAGACUACAGGUCGCCUGUCAGCGUCAAAGUCUUCUCCUCCUGGGACUUCUGCAUCCGGGGACAGGAAGCAGCUACCAUCAAGAAACACGAGAUCAGCAACGAGUUCAAGGUGGAGCUGGAGGAAUGGCGUCGCUUCCUGCUGAUGCAGCAGCAGACCCGGACCCAGAAGGCCUGCUACCUGCUCACCUACCUGCGGGUCAAUGUCGUCAUCGGGCUCCUGGUGGUCGGGGCCAUCAGUGCCAUCUUCUGGGCCACCAAGUACUCACAGGACAACAAAGAGGAGUCUCUGUUUGUGCUGCUGCAGUACCUGCCCCCCGGGGUCAUCGCCCUCGUCAACUUUCUGGGUCCCCUGCUCUUUGUUUUCCUCAUCCAGCUGGAGAACUACCCUCCCAACACAGAGGUCAACCUCACCCUUAUCUGGUGCGUGGUGCUGAAGCUGGCCAGCCUGGGAAUGUUCUCCUUCUCUCUGGGCCAGACGGUGCUGUGCUUCGGCAGGAACAAGACGAGCUGUGAGUCCUUCGGCUACAACGCCUGUGAUUACCAGUGCUGGGAGAACGCGGUCGGGGAAGAGCUGUACAAGCUGAGUAUCUUCAACUUCCUUCUCACGGUCGCCUUUGCCUUCUUUGUCAGCCUGCCCAGGAGGCUGCUGGUGGAGCGGUUCUCAGGCCCGUUCUGGGUCUGGCUGGACCGGGAAGAAUUCCUGGUGCCCAAGAAUGUCCUGGACAUUGUGGCGGGGCAGACGGUCACCUGGAUGGGCCUCUUCUAUUGUCCCCUGCUGCCUCUGCUCAACAGCGUCUUCAUCUUCCUCACCUUCUACAUCAAGAAGUACACCCUCAUGAGGAACUCCAAGGCCUCUGCCCGGCGAUUCCGCGCCUCCAGCUCCACCUUCUUCUUCCAGCUGGUGCUCAUCCUGGGCCUGCUCCUGGCCGUCGUGCCUCUGGGCUAUGUGGUCAGCAGCAUCCACUCCUCCUGGGACUGCGGCCUCUUCGCCAAUUACUCAGCCCCCUGGCAGGUGGUCCCCGAGCUGAUGGCCCUCCGGCUCCCCGCCCCUGGCCAGCGCGCUCUCCGCUACCUGGGCUCCCACGCCUUCAGCUUCCCCUUCCUCAUCCUGCUCAGCCUUGUCCUGACCGUCUGCGUCUCCCAGUCCCAGGCCAACGCGAGGGCCAUCCAGCGGAUCCGGAAGCAACUGGUGUGGCAAGUCCAGGAAAAGUGGCACUUGGUGGAGGACCUGUCGCGGCUGCUGCCGGAACCAGGCUCUGGCGACUCUGUGGGGCCCGAGUCCCCUCCCUCCCGAGCUUCGCGCCCGCGAUCCUUCUGCCCUGGGUUCCCGUGCCCGGGCUCCCCGGGCCCCAGGACCCCGAGGCCCGGACCUUGCCUCGAGGAUCCCUCUGGGCUCUUCGGUGACCCGGGCCCCGCGCGUAGAUUCCGCUUUCCCAGCGGCUCAGAGCUGUAGCGUCGACCCCAGGGCUCGGCCCACCUCCCCCGCCAGAGCCCGCCCGCCGUCCCCCUUCCGGACCCCGCCGCCCCUCUCAGGGGCCCCUCCAGCAGGACGCAGGCGGCGGGAGGGAAAUAUGGGAACUUGUAUUUAUAUUUUUAGCCCAGUCCUGUAAAGUUUGUAUUUUUGUUGGAUGGUCUAUAAUGUACAUAAUACGUUACUAGAGUAA